CGGCUUGCAGACGACAGCCGACCCGCGGAUCCUUAUUGGCAGGACGCUGACGCUAUUCGCAGCGCUGCAGACGACGGUGGUGUGUUGUGACGUGUGCGGCUGCGGAGUGUGUGACAAACGUCUGGUGUUUGUGCUGAGAACGGACAAAUCGUCGAGUGAAAGCGCUGCGUAGCGUGUCGCGUGCAACGCACCGCAUGUCCACCUAGCGGAGAGCCAGUCGAUCACUGCGGUGCUAAGCUGUCUGCGGACUCCCCGACUACCAACUAGACGAACCCAGCUGCCGCACACAGGGUGCCUCUAACCUAGCAAUGGCAGCCUCCAAAGUAACCUUCAAGAUCACUUUAACUUCCGACCCGAAGUUACCUUUCAAAGUGCUCAGUGUUCCAGAGGGAACACCCUUCACUGCCGUUCUCAAGUUUGCGGCUGAGGAGUUCAAGGUGCCUCCAGCAACCUCCGCCAUCAUCACCGAUGAUGGUAUUGGAAUCAACCCUCAACAAACAGCUGGCAAUGUUUUCCUCAAGCACGGCUCAGAAUUGAGGCUUAUUCCAAGAGAUCGUGUUGGUUGCCAAGUUCGAUGAAAGUGCUGCAGUGCCUCAAGAAUUUAAUCAAGCGAGAUGCAUUCCAGACAAGACUGGUUGGGCUGUCCAGCUGUGAUGUGUCAUCUCCAAAACUUUAUGAACACUUUGUUGAUAUGGUACUAUUUGCAAACCAUAUUUGAAUUUUCAUAAUUCUAAUUACAACUUUAUUUUAUAUAGCCAGUUGUUUCAUUGAAGCAGGGGCUGAGCCACAUUUCAAAAUCAAAAUGACUUAACAGGAAAUAAAGGCGACUUGUUUAUAAGAAA